AUGAAGUAUCCAGACAUGGAACAACGUCCUCUGGCACUCGUUGUAAUCGAGCCAGCGAUUUUGGUAACCAUGGCCAUUGUGUGUUCGACAGGCAACUUACUGAUUUGCAUUUCGAUUUGCAGAAACCCAGCUCUUCGCACAACGACCAACGUGUUUGUCUUUGCAUUGGCAAUCAGCGAUCUUCUCAAUUCCAUCGCAGUUAUGUUGCUAACAGUUGGUGUCCUGAUAACUGGGAAAUGGCCCUAUGGGGAAAUUAUGUGCAAUUUUCACGCGUUUUUCACCCUUUUUUCUGUGUAUGUCUCCCCUACCACCAUGGGCCUGGCGGCUAUUAACAGAUAUAUUCGAAUUGUCAAGACACGCAGUUAUCCCCACAUUUUCACGCCAUUCCUUUCAAAGCUUUACGUUUGUGCGGUAUGGAUGUUCGUUGCUGGGUAUGUUGCGAUUCCCAGGCUGGCCGGUUGGACGGCUUAUGGCUUUAUUCCUGGCUAUGCUGUGUGCACUAUUGUUCAUCCAACUGAAGCUGCUAAAAUUACACAUUACUGCGUGGUGGUGUCGCUAUUUCUCGUUCUCCCAUUCACCUUGGCUAUUUUCUGUUAUUACAAAGUGUUUGAGACAAUUAAGCAACAUAACAUGAACAUAAUAACCACAUUCCAAAGAGCAGGACAAGACGGCCACUUGAGCAUAAGAGAGAUAAAAAUUACGAAGUCUCUUGCAGUUAUAGUCCUGGCAUUUGGAUUAUGCUGGAUUCCAUUUUGGAUCAUAGCUAUGAUACAACGUUUUACUUCAAGUGUAGUGCCACGAAAUGUGCAACUUGUGUGCACCUUUUUGCUGUUCUUUUCUAGUACAGUUAACCCAUUCAUUUAUGCAGGCACUAACGAGGCUUUCAAGGCAGAGUUUCGUCGUGUUCUCUACUGCAGACGAAACAGAAUACGUGAUCGCGUUCAAAUUCAGGAGAAGACAAUGACUGGCCUUCAAAAGUAA